UUUGACUUUCCAGGUGGCGCUAGUCGGUGUUUUGAUGAGACCAGAGGUGAAAAGUCUUGUGAAAAGUGCAAUUUUACGAUAUUUGACGAGCAGAAAAACCAUCCGGAAAUAUGGAUUAUGACUUUAAGAUGAGAACACAGGCCGAGCGCACCAAGGUGGAAGAUUUGUUCGAGUUCGAAGGGUGCAAAGUUGGACGCGGCACUUAUGGACACGUCUACAAAGCACACCGAAAGGAAGGCAAUGACACAAAGGAUUACGCCCUCAAACAGAUAGAAGGCACAGGCUUAUCUAUGUCCGCAUGCAGAGAAAUAGCUCUCCUCCGUGAACUGAAGCACGUGAAUGUGAUCAAUCUGAUCCGGGUAUUUCUAUCGCAUACGGACAGAAAAGUGUGGCUUCUCUUUGACUAUGCGGAGCACGAUUUGUGGCACAUCAUCAAGUUCCAUCGAGCGGCCAAGGCCACGAAGAAGCCCGUAAUGGUGCCAAAAGGGAUGGUGAAGAGUUUGCUGUAUCAAAUUCUGGACGGCAUUCACUACUUGCACUCAAAUUGGGUGCUCCACAGAGAUCUCAAGCCUGCCAAUAUCCUCGUGAUGGGCGAGGGAAAUGAGCGGGGACGCGUUAAAAUUGCCGACAUGGGAUUUGCGAGGCUCUUCAAUGCUCCAUUAAAGCCACUGGCUGACCUGGACCCUGUGGUGGUCACUUUCUGGUAUAGAGCGCCAGAGCUGCUCCUGGGAGCGAGGCAUUAUACAAAAGCCAUCGACAUAUGGGCAAUCGGUUGUAUCUUUGCCGAGCUUUUGACCUCCGAACCCAUCUUCCACUGCCGCCAAGAGGACAUAAAGACAAGCAAUCCCUACCACCACGACCAACUGGACAGAAUAUUCAAUGUGAUGGGCUUUCCACAGGAUAAAGACUGGGAGGAUAUUAGAAAGAUGCCAGAGCAUCACACUCUAACGAAAGACUUCAAGAGAUCAAAUUAUGCAAACUGUUCUCUGGUUAAGUAUAUGGAGCGACAUAAGAUAAAGUCCGACAGCAAGGCUUUUCAUUUACUGCAGAAGUUGCUGUUGAUGGAUCCCAAUAAGCGCAUCACGUCUGAGCAGGCAAUGCAGGAUCCUUAUUUUAGCGAAGAUCCUCUUCCCACGCAGGAUGUUUUUGCGGGAUGUUCCAUUCCAUACCCGAAGCGUGAAUUCCUCACGGACGAUGAUCAAGAAGAGAAAUCAGACAAUAAAAGGCCAAAUCCCCAAAAUAUUCAGCAGCAGCAAAACAACACGGGACAAUCGAGCUCCCACGAUCACGGCAAAAGGGUGCGUCUCACUGGCCCGAGUGGGCAUCCGCAGCAGAAUGCGCAGAUGAACCAGCAACAAGACUUCCACCAUCAACAGACGCAACAACAACAGAUGAUGUUCAACAACUCUCAGCAGCAAAACAACUUCCAGCAGCGCUUCUGAGGAUAAGAAAUCUCUAGACU